GACCCUGACCUCCGGGACGAACACUUCCGUACUGCUCUGCACGUAGCAAGCACGUGCGGGCAGAAGAAGGCAGUUAGGACGCUGUUGAGGAGAGGAGCGGAGAUCGACAACAAGGAUGCAGAGGGGAGGACGGCGCUGGUGCUUGCUGAGCUUCACCGGCAUGAAGAGGUGGCGGAUUACCUCCGAGAGAAGGGAGCA